CACCUUCUCCAGUCAGUAGUGUGAAAAAAGGGAAGAUAACUAAAAAUAGCAUCUCCCUUUCCUGGCAGGAACCAGAUCGACCCAACGGCAUCAUCCUGGAGUACGAAAUCAAAUAUUUUGAAAAGGACCAGGAGAUGAGCUACACCAUCAUCAAAUCCAAAGAGACGACGAUUACAGCAGAUGGCUUAAAACCCGGCGCAGUGUACGUCUUCCAGAUCCGAGCCCGGACAGCUGCCGGCUACGGUGGCUUCAGCCGAAGAUUUGAGUUUGAAACCAGCCCAGUGUCAGUAGCUGCAUCCAGUGACCAGAGCCAGAUUCCUAUAAUUGUUGUGUCUGUAACAGUGGGAGUCAUUCUGCUGGCUGUGGUUAUCGGUUUCCUUCUCAGCGGAAGUUGCUGCGAUCAUGGCUGUGGGUGGGCUUCUUCUCUGCGUGCUGUUGCCUAUCCGAGCCUAACAUGGCGAUGUGGCUAUAGCAAGGCUAAGCAAGAUCCAGAAGAAGAAAAGAUGCAUUUUCAUAACGGACACAUUAAGUUGCCUGGAGUAAGGACCUACAUCGACCCGCACACCUACGAGGACCCUAACCAAGCCGUCCAUGAGUUUGCAAAGGAAAUCGAAGCUUCCUGUAUAACCAUUGAAAGAGUUAUUGGAGCUGGUGAAUUUGGGGAAGUCUGCAGUGGGCGGCUGAAACUGCAGGGGAAACGGGAGUUGCCGGUGGCUAUCAAAACCCUGAAGGUGGGCUACACGGAGAAGCAGAGGCGAGAUUUCUUGGGAGAAGCAAGCAUCAUGGGGCAGUUUGACCACCCCAACAUCAUCCACCUGGAAGGUGUCGUCACAAAAAGCAAACCAGUAAUGAUAGUAACUGAAUACAUGGAGAACGGUUCUCUGGAUACGUUUUUAAAGAAGAACGACGGGCAGUUCACGGUCAUUCAGCUGGUCGGGAUGCUGCGAGGCAUCGCAUCGGGAAUGAAGUACCUGUCUGACAUGGGUUACGUACACAGGGAUCUCGCCGCCAGGAACAUCCUCAUCAACAGCAACUUGGUCUGCAAGGUGUCCGACUUCGGCCUCUCCAGAGUUUUGGAAGAUGACCCUGAAGCGGCGUACACAACCAGGGGAGGGAAGAUCCCCAUCCGAUGGACGGCACCCGAAGCCAUCGCCUUCCGCAAAUUCACGUCGGCCAGCGACGUCUGGAGCUACGGCAUCGUGAUGUGGGAGGUGAUGUCGUACGGCGAGAGACCUUACUGGGAAAUGACGAACCAAGACGUGAUUAAAGCCGUGGAGGAAGGCUAUCGCCUGCCAAGUCCCAUGGACUGCCCUGCUGCUCUCUACCAGCUAAUGCUCGACUGCUGGCAGAAGGACCGCAACAGCAGGCCCAAGUUUGACGAAAUUGUCAGCAUGUUGGACAAGCUCAUCCGUAACCCCAGCAGCUUGAAGACGUUGGUGAAUGCAUCGAGCAGAGUAUCAAACCUGUUGGUGGAGCACAGUCCAGUGGGGAGUGGUGCCUACAGGUCGGUGGGUGAGUGGCUGGAAGCCAUCAAAAUGGGUCGGUACACGGAGAUCUUCAUGGAGAAUGGAUACAGUUCGAUGGAUGCUGUGGCUCAGGUGACCCUAGAGGAUUUGAGGCGGCUGGGAGUGACACUUGUUGGUCACCAGAAGAAGAUAAUGAACAGCCUUCAGGAGAUGAAGGUCCAGUUGGUGAAUGGGAUGGUGCCGUUGUAACGCGGUUUUAAAGUCACUUCCUCGAGUGGGUUGGUCCUGCACUUUGUACUCUAGCCUGGAGAUUUAUUUUGACUAAAAAAAAAA